AUUUUGUUGCUUGAAGUUCCCAUUGAAGGCCAAAAGAAAAAAAGAAAAAAAGUUUUGUUGGAAACUAAACUGCAGGGAGGCACUGAGAUAACCCAGAGCAUCUUGGAUUAUGUAUUAGAAGCCACCAAACCAAUUUCACCAGCCAAUCAGGGUAUUAAAGGAAAGCGCGUAGUGUUAAUGAAGAAGUUUCCUCUUGAUGGUGAGAAGGCAGGCCAGGAGGCAUCACUUUACAUUGUUCCAACUGUCGUGAAAGAUAAUACAAAAUACGCAUACAGUCCUGGAUGCCCUGUGUUCUACUGUUUACAAGACAUCAUGAGGGUCUGCAGUGAAUCCAGCACCCAUUUUGCUACACUUACUGCAAGAAUGUUAAUUGCCUUGGAUAAGUGGUUGGAUGAACGGCAUACCCAGUCUCACUCCAUCCCAGCUUUAUUCAGACCAUCUCCUCUUGAGAGAAUUAAAACAAAUGUCAUAAACCCUGCCUAUGCUAUAGAACCUGGCCAAACAGAGAGCUCAUUACACAUGGGUUAUACUGCCCUGGAAAUAAAGAGUAAAAUGCUGGCAUUGGAGAAAGCAGAUAUGUGUAUCUAUAAUCCUUUGUUUGGAUCUGACCUUCAGUAUACCAAUAGGGUUGACAAAGUGGUAAUAAAUCCAUACUUUGGCCUUGGAGCCCCAGACUAUUCAAAGAUUCAGAUUCCUAAAAGAGAAAAGUGGCAACGUAGCAUGAGCAGUGUCACAGAGGACAAGGAACACCAGUGGGUAGAUGAUUUCCCUCUUCACCGCAGUGCUUGCGAAGGCGACUCUGAUUUACUAAGCCACCUUCUGGAUAAAAAGUUUUCUGUUAAUCAGUUAGAUAGCGACCACUGGGCACCUAUCCAUUAUGCAUGCUGGUAUGGAAAAGUUGAAGCCACUCGAAUGCUGUUGGAGAAAGGGAAAUGCAAUCCAAAUCUUUUGAAUGGCCAACUUAGCUCUCCUCUUCAUUUUGCUGCUGGAGGUGGGCAUGCUGAAAUAGUACAAAUUCUACUAAAUCAUCCAGAAAUUGACAGACACAUUACUGAUCAACAAGGAAGAUCUCCACUGAAUGUCUGUGAAGAGAACAAACAAAAUGAGUGGGAAGAAACUGCAAAACUGCUGAAGGAAGCCAUAAACAAACCAUAUGAAAAGGCACGAAUUUAUCGUAUGGAUGGGUCAUAUCGCUCUGUUGAGCUGAAACAUGGAAACAAUACUACUGUACAGCAGAUAAUGGAGGGUAUGCGUUUGUCUCAAGAAACUCAGCAGUACUUCACUAUCUGGAUCUGUUCUGAGAACCUCAGCCUCCAACUGAAGCCCUAUCACAAGCCUUUGCAGCAUAUUCGAGAUUGGCCUGAAAUAUUCACUGAACUGACAAACUUGGAUCCUCAAAGAGAAACUUCACAGCUUUUUCUGAGAAGAGAUGUGAGACUUCCACUGGAAAUAGAAAAAAAGAUUGAGGAUCCAUUGGCUAUUCUUAUCCUUUUUGAUGAAGCCAGAUAUAAUUUACUGAAAGGUUUCUAUACAUCACCUGAUGCCAAGCUCAUCACACUAGCAAGUCUGCUUCUACAAAUAGUCUAUGGAAAUUAUGAGAGCAAGAAACAUAAACAGGGCUUUCUAAAUGAAGAAAAUCUAAAAUCUAUAGUACCAAUCACUAAACUAAAAAGUAAAGCUCCUCACUGGACAAACAGGAUACUUCAUGAAUACAAGAAUCUCAGCACCAGUGAAGGUGUGAGUAAAGAGAUGCAUCACCUUCAGCGCAUGUUCUUGCAGAAUUGCUGGGAAAUUCCUACUUAUGGAGCAGCUUUUUUCACAGGACAGAUAUUCACCAAAGCAAGUUCAAGUAGCCAUAAAGUCAUCAAAGUGUAUGUAGGAGUAAAUGUGAAAGGGCUGCACCUCCUCAACAUGGAAACAAAGGCUUUACUCCUCAGCCUGAAGUAUGGUUGCUUUAUGUGGCAGUUGGGAGAUGGAGAUACAUGUUUUCAAAUCCACAGUCUGGAAAACAAAAUGAGCUUUAUUGUGCAUACCAAACAGGCAGGUCUCGUCGUUAAACUGCUAAUGAAAUUAAAUGGCCAGUUAAUGCCAAGUGAAAGAAAUGAGUGAUGGAAAUGAACAAUAGUUACAAAACAGCAUCUUAUGGCUAAGCAAAAACCAACUUAUUUCUCAUCAUAACAGAAGACUUCCACGUACAUGAAUUUCACACAAUAGAAAAGUCAGUUUGUACAGUUUUCUAACUUUGUACAGAAGCUGCAUGGUUUAUUUUUUUAAAAAAACUGUACAACAUGUCUAUUAUUUUUAUAAAUAUUUUCAUGUUCUUAUAUAAGCUAUUGUAG